AUGUUCAGCGUUCUGCUGAUAUAUAGCUCUAUCUACCAUAUUCGGACCGACUAUGAUUUCCUCCUGGUCAAGUUGUUUCGUACUGACGGUGGUCUGGCCCAGGUACUGAGAGAGGUCCACCUACUGAGACUACUGAAGGACCUGAAUAAUGAAGAACUAGCAAGUGUCAGCAGCCACAUUACCAAUACAACUAAGAGAAGGAAAGUGAGCACCAGGAUUGUGAAGGAUAGUGAUCUUGGCUGGAGUGAAAUCAAGGUUGAGGAUAAACAUGUUGCGCUGCCCCUUGACACAGCGGCAGUGAUCAACUUUAGCAAGUCUUACACUGACUAUGAGAACCCGGAAUCAAAGAUCAUUGAUCAGCAAAGUGCUUCCGAUAGGUUCUUUGACUUUGUUGAGGAGAUAUGGCAGCCCGGCACCAUCUACCACAGACGCCAGAACGAGAUUAAGAAAGCGACAGGAGAACCAGCAUCCGAGUUUAACCCUCGCUUGUUUCGUACUGACUACAUAGUCAUUGGACCUACUUGCUCAGAUCUGCAACGAGACACUGUGAACAUGUUUUUGGACAGAAAACAGCCGCGCUUUAUAUCAACUGAUGCUGUGUUGCUAACCAUUACACCCAUGGAGAUUUCUGGGGUGAAAGUGAACCAAAAGCAGUUUUGUCCUCAUUAUGAACCGUACAUGUUCAUAAAGAGGCAGAGAAAUAAGCACAGCUCAGCUGAUGAUGGCGAAGGAGCUUGUUUUGUCGAAGUGGAGGAGGAGGAAGAGGGGAAGGGGCAUAGUUCUGCUACUGACGUAGAUGCCAAGGCCAGUACCACACGGCAACCUCCCACCACCGAGACCAGUCCCACACAGGACAAAACUGGCAGCACCGAGACCAGUACAUAACUGUUGCAUGCAGAAUGCAUAUACGUUCGUAAGAUGUUGUGUAAUGUAACCUGUAUGUAAAAAAUGUAUGUACUUGUAUAAGAUCUACAUGCAGUCAUGAUCAUUAUGGAAAACUGAGCAGUGUGGUAAAGGACAGUAUGCCAAGGUUGUUCAUCAUGGGAUCGAGGGCCAAGUACUGAAAAAAGAAGGA